AUGGAAUAUCUCCACGAGAAGGAUCUGCGCCUGGGCCAGGCCCUCGAGGCUCAAGCGCCCACCCCGACGCUCGCCGCGGCAGCAUUUGAGUCGGGAGAGAGCACGAGUGUGGUGGGAGAGAGCAAUGAAGGGCUCGACGAAUCGGGAGAGGACGAUGUUGAUAGUAGUAAACAGAGGGUCGGAGUGGACUUGAGCACGCCAGGGGGAGAAGAUGGCAAGCGAGGCCUCGAGAAUAGCUAUGGUGUAAUCGUUAGCACAAAGAAUGGGCGAAGGCUUGAGCGCGGAGUUGACGAAAACAGGCUGGAUAAUGCCGAGGACGGCGACAACGAGGAACAUGAGAGGUGGGCGGAGGCGACGGUGUCGACGCUGGGGGAUGGGGUAGUGGGGUGGAUGGUGGUCGGAAAGCAGGAACAGGGUGGCCCAACCAAAGACUAUUCGCACACUUGGCGCCCCGACUUUCCCAAAUGGGAAGUGGCUGUACCCCCCGCGCGAUUUCCUACACAGUCAUUGGGUGGGCCAUCCUAUUCCUGCUUUCUGACCACCACCAUCCCGCCCGCCCUUCCCAACGUCGACGUCUCCGUCGCCUCCCGCCCCAUCCACCUCUCUCAUGUUUCUAGCUUCCUCUAUCUCGUUGUCGUCGCCGUCCUCGGCAUCAGCCGGCUUGUUCUCAUCAACUAUCCAUCUCCCCAUCAAGAUAAGCAUUCCGCCGUCGGUGCUUCCUCCCCCUGCGAUCGUACUUGCGAGGAUUUCAGCACCCGCAUCGUUAGCCGCAUCGUCCAGGAGUUCAUGCACCGGGAUAAGAAAGGGCAUGAGAUCGUCUUCGUUGGUGGUUCCACUCGUAUCCCCCGUACCGUGAAGGUCGUGUCCGACUUCUGCCGACACCGAAACCACUCGCACCGCCAAGGGCGCCAAGACGGCGCCGGCCACGAAGUCUCGAGGGAGGAACAAAAAGCCCGCCGCCGCUACUCCCGUCCCUGCUGCGGCUGCGGCUUCCGCUUCUUCCAAGACGAAGAACCCUACCUCGAAAUGGGUCAAGGAAGAUCUUCCUUCCUACUGCAAUGUCAAGAGCCUCGGGCCAUUUGGGGCCCGAGCUCUGCAUCAGCACUUGAGGCUAUGAAGGAGAUCUGUGAGGUUGUUUACGACCAGGAGAUGCCGGAAGAGCAGGACACGGAAAACGACUGGCGGGCCAACUUCGGCUCCACCGUCAUCGCUGUCCUCCUCAACAACUUCGUCGAGAAAGACAUGUAUGAUCAAGAGCACUCUGAGGAAGAUUGCACGUGGUACGCUGAGGGCCUCCUGUGCGAGUCCGCCUUCAUGCAUGAGGAGGUCGCCGACGAUGGCACGUUUCUCAUUUCUCAACCCUCUUCGUGGCAAGGCUACGUUGAAGUGCCCACUUUGGACGAGCUCACGGGUCUAUACGCUCCGUGGGGCGCGAUCACGCUCGUCAUCACCGCAGGCGAACACCUCAUGAGUGCCAAUAAGAACGGCCGCUUGGAGCCGAACGGAAGGACCGGGAAGCAGUCGACAACCAUCUCAACUUCUCGGAGCAAAACUGGUCGUCGGCCUCGUCCGCGUACUGGAUGUCGGUACAGGGCUGCUGAGCCUGAGGUAAUAGCGUCGGCCUUCGACGCGUCGGCGCCACAUUCUAACAAGGUCAAGCGAGGCGAACGCGAGACAAACAAUGAAGACGAUAUCAAAGUCCCGGCCGCCAUCGCUGAAGCUGAAGAUAGGCGGGCGAAGCUCAGAUUCUGUAGAUGA